AUGGAGGGCUCCUCGACCCCUCUGGCGGACUAUUUCUGGAUCGCUGGAGUAGAGGCGAUAUCCUACGACGAUGCUGCCCCGCAUUCGCUCGCCGUCCCCGUCGAGUCGACCAUCACCGAGGAUGGAGAGCCCGACGAGUUGCGGACAAACGGCAACGACCAGCACAGGAUGGCGAGAGCCCGCCACUCGCGCCAGAGCUCGGCCAAUCGUCUAUCCAAGGUGUCGCUGGACGGCCGGUCCUCCGUCAACACCCUCGACGAGCUCGAAGGCAACACCAAGAGCAACAGGAGCAGCGCGACGAUAAGGCCCGUCAAACCCUCGGGCUCGAGCAGCGUCUCCAACGGUGCCGCCGUCGAGCCGGCAUCCGCUCACCUCAUGGCCGACUUCGACUUCGACAAGGCCUUGUUCAAGUUUGCCGCCGAGCGGGAGCAUUUCCUCGAGGACCUCUCCUUCUCCGCAGGCGCCAAAACCCAGGCGCGUCCCCCCAUGGUGAACCCUCGCGCCGGCCGCAUCCGUGCCGAAGACAACGCCGCCAGCGGCCGGGUGAGCCCGCUGAGGAGCAUCAAGGGCAGCAUUCGCCGCAAGAUGAGCUUCAGGGACAUGAGCAGCCUGCGCAAGCAGCCCUCCUCCGCGAGGCCCGGCGCUUCCGCCAGAGCAGCUUCCGUUCGCACCGCCAAACGCCUGAGCAACUACAACUCGGUCAUGCCGCCGCCCGAGCCCUUGAACCUUGACCCCGACAUGCACCCCCUCAAACGUCGGUUCGAGCCGGUGCUUCUCGAUCGGUACCCGCCGAGGUCGGCGACCGAGGAGAUCCCCAGGCGCGGCAAAUUCCCCGACUACGUUCCCAUGUUCGCCUUCCCCAACGACAUUCAAAUCGUCUCCUCCGACGAGCGACCGAGGUCGACCUGGCACGGCUUCACCAUGACGUCCGAGGAUAACGCCAAGCUGUACGGCAUUACCAUCAUCAUAUGGACCGCCUUGACCGCCGACGUGGCCGACGUCGUCGAGAUCAAGUGCGAGCAGUGGCGCCAGAGCCACAUGUCCAACGAGGAGCGGGAGCUGGCCGCCAGCCUGGGCGUGCGCCUGGCCAAGGAGCGAUCGCACCUCUCGCACCUCCUGUCGAAGCUGCCGACCAUCCCUUCGGGCGCCCCCGCGAGGGACAGGCUCGAGGACGAGAUCAGCAGCGUCGAGGAGAAGAUCUCCCUCAUGACCGACAUGCUGCGCCCGCUCAGGCACGGUGCCGCCUCCAAGAUCGACGGCCUCACCGCCGGCGAGAGCGGCCUCUGGAUACCGCGCGCCUACGGCGUCCUCGGCCGCGAUGCCGCCAACAUGGCCUUCUGGAAGGAGUGGCUCAAGUCGAUUCUCGUCCCCAUGAUGGACGGCACCGUCCUGCGCAUCCCCCCGAGCUCUCCCGUCGUCGGCCGCUGGCAGCCGCUGGAGCGCUACGUCGUCAACCUCUGCACCGAGGCCUUCAGCCCCCUCGGCUCCAAGACCCAGGUCGAGCUCGGCGUGAGGGACCUGCGGCUGUACUCGCGCAAGGAGGCCGCCAACGAGCUCCCCGGAUCCAGGACCAUCGACCUCUACGCGCUCUUCAGGUGCCUCUCGCUCGAGAACAUCAUCGCCCUGUUCGAGUACGCCAUGUCGGAAUCCAGGAUCAUCUUCCUCUCCUCUCACACGAGCAUGCUGCACCUCGCCUGUCACGGCUUGGCGAGCCUCCUUUACCCCUUCGCCUGGGCAAGCAUCUUCAUCCCCGUCCUGCCCGCGAGGCUCAUCUCGGCCCUCGAAGCCCCUUGUCCUUACAUUGUCGGAAUCGAGCGCCGGUACGACCGCAUAGAGCUGCCCGAGGACGACUACGUGCUCGUCGACCUCGACAAGGAUGCCAUCGAUGCCACCUCGCAGCCUCACCGGCUGCCGAGACAGCAUCGACGAAAGCUCAUGUCGCUCCUGCAAGUCGCCGCCCCUCACACCCUGCGCUACGGCGUCGCUGUCGGGCCGCCGCCGUACGCGAUCGAGUCCUACCCGUACGAUUCCUUCUCGUCCGAAAACCGCACCGUCUUCACCCCGUCCGCGCCUCCCUCAACCCUGGGCAAGUGGGUUUCCCAGAACUCAUCCAGCUUCGGCGAUGCCGACCCGGCCGAUCAAAUUCACCCUCCAGUCUUCAACGCCUUCACCAUCUCCGCCUCCGCCGCGGACGCCGCCGUCAAGUCUGACCGGCCCGGGACCGGGAAGUCCAGCCGGACGAGCCCACAGUCUUCUGUCUCGCCCGUCUCCACCAUCUUCCCGCCAAUGCCCACGACGCCCCUGUCGAAGAGCGACUCUGGAUUUGCUCUGACGGUCACGCUGCGCGAGAAGCGAUCCGGACACUUCGAAAUCGACAAGGGUGGUCGUCGAAGCUCGUCGUUUGGCCUCGACAAAUUCCACCCAGCCCACCGCCCGAGCUUGCCCUUCCUGACAGGCCAUCAACCGAAUGCUUCCAUCUCCGGCAUCUCGGUUGAUACAAUGACGUCACUCGGAGGCGGUUACGCGCCCUCGACGUACGCGCAGUCGACGCUGGCUGCGUCGACCAUCAUGCCUAGCAUGCAGAUACAGCCUGUGCGGAACACGGAGACCACGGUCUGGGUCGAAGGCCACUGCUUCGGCCUCAAUUCCAGGGACGUGUCUUCGACGUGCACCAUUUGCGACGACAAAUCCGAGGGAGACGGCAUCUAUCAGUGCAACUCCUGCAAUAUCUUCGCCCACGGCAGGUGCCUCGGUCAAGUUUCGCUCGUCUGCCCGGAGGCCUUUCACGAAGACCGUGUUCGAGCCGCUUUCGUGCGAUGCAUGGCUAGUCUGCUCUACACGUACCGAAAGUAUCUCGGUCGGCCAUCGAAGCAGCAGAAGAGCAAUGGUCAGCUGUACGCCUUUGACAUGGAUGGCUUUGUCAAGAGCCUGCCGUACGAUCAGCAGGAGUACACGGUGAUGCUGCGGGACACGCAAGCGUUUAAUGAAUUCAUACAUCAACGCGAGACGAAACCGCCGACCGACUCGGCGAUACGCGUCUUUGAUGAAAUCAUCAUCGCCAAGCGGGCCCGUGGCCGAUCUGGCCUUUCCUCGGGACUGUCUCGUCUCUCGACCAUCCGAGCCUCGCACCCACCGUCGGCGAAUGCAUGGGUCACGUCAACGCCGCCCCGGACCCCAACCAGCAAGCGCCCAAGCUUCCUGACGGAAACAUCGGACCAUAUCUGGCGAACGGCAUCUGUGCCCCUGCCCAAGGGCAACUUCCCUGGAGAAUACCGCUCCGUCGUCACGCGCAUACCAUCCAGACUCGACUGCACCCUGAUGCGCGAGCCUCGUGCCAUUCAAGGAGUUCCGCGCAUGGAGCAACGCGGUGCAAGGGGUCUCAUCCGCAAGCAAGUUCCCAGCAUGCUCGGCACGACACCCCCCUCAUGA